AUGCCUUUUGCUGAAGUACCAGUGGUGGUCCUUGCCCCUUCGGCACAAGUGGAUGAGCCUGCAGCUAUCCGCAUCAAGGACGUAACCAAGACUGGCUUCCAAGCAGUUGUUGCGAAGCCCACCGGCAGCAGCGUUGCCGGCGCAUCUAUGACGGUCUCCUUCGUUGCGGUGGUCCCGGGAGUCCGUCAGCUCCCAGGCAGCGGCUUGUGGCUUGAAGCUGGUCGAGUCUCCACUGCCAAGCUUGCGGCUUCAACGAAGUGUAGGCCCUCGAGCGGUCUGUCGACUUCAUGGCAAAAAGUGGACUUCCAGAACCAGUUCGUAGAAAAACCAGCCUUCCUGACUACUAUCCAGACAGUGAACAAUGAAGUUGGCCUUCCGUCAGCAAAUUCAGAGCCAUGGUUUACAGUGGGUGUCAAUUCUGUGAACCCUGCUGACGCCUGGGUAUCGCUGGAGAUGGCUGAGACUUCGGAGCAUGGAGGCUCCGCUGUGACCCAGGACGAGGAGGUUGGAUGGCUCGCUAUCCAGCAAGGCCAAGCCGUCCAAUGCGCUUCUGUCUACUCCACCAGAAGCGUGAAGGGCUGGGAUAAUGGCCCCGUCACUGUAUCCUUCGGUGCUGAUAUGGGUGGAAAUCCCUUUGUAGUUGCCAGUCAGUCGAAGAGGUUUGGAGGUGAUGGAGGAUGGGUCCGUGUCACGAGCACCUCGUCCACAUCGGCUCAAGUGGUGAUCGAUGAGGAUGUCAAUUGCGACACCGAGAGGAAGCACACCAGCGAGGAAGUGAGCGUAUUGGCCUUCUCUAGCAGCUGCAUCCUUCAGUGA